AUGGCUGCGCCACUCAUUUCCUCGUGUCUCCCGACAUCCGUCCCCGCGGCCGUCCUUCCACGUGCAACCUACCGCGCUUCUCUCGUCGCCCCUCCCCCGUUGUCAUGCGCCGAUCGUACCACCCAUUCCUUGCGCGGCACCCGCCUACCCACUGCGCCCGCGUCUCCACCCGCUGCGUCCGUACGGCGCAGCGCGGCAGUCCGCGCGUCGCUCCGUCCCCCUCAAGGUGUGCCCUCCGCGCCGUUAGGGCGCGCCUUUGCCAUUCGCUGUGGCUCCGUCCGCUCCCGCUCACUGCCUCUUCCGCCGCCAUCCGCCCGGACACCUCUCUCCUUCUCCGCGUACUCGCCCGCACCCCGCCUCCCGCGCCUCAACCAGCCUUUGCCGCGCCCCUCUUCGCCCCCCCUCGUCCCCUUCAGGUGUCUUCCAGCCGCUGGCGGCGGCGUUGCAACGGCUGCCGUCACCAGUGGCCACAGGGGGCGCGGCGGAGACGGCGGACGAGGCGGCGUUGGUGGCGGCAGUGCGGGCGGUGAAGGGGCGGGGGAGAGAGGUGACGGACGAGCAGCGGCAGGUGAGCGCGGGGACACAGAGGGGGCCGUGGGCGAUGAGCACGGUGCGCCCGGUGCGCUACCAGCGCGCCCCUCCUCCCUCUCAACCCGCCUCCGCUCGCACCGUCGUGCCACGGCGCUGCUGCGUGUUCCCCCCUGCCCUGCGUGCCGCCAAGCUGCUGAAGUCGCGAGGCCAGGCAGCUCAUCCCGCCGUGCCUCGUGCCUUUCAACAAUGCACGCAACGGCCGAUGAGCAGUGCACGUGCACGUGCACGCACGGUGGUGACGAUGCUGACAGCUGCCAAUCGCUGCUGCCAUGCCCUUCACCCUCCCCAUCUCCUGCACUCCCCUCCCCCGGUUCACGUGCGAUUGUGUGCGUGCGUGUGUGCAUCUGUGUAUGUGCCUGUGUGUGUGGGUGUGUGUGGGUGUGCAUGGGUGCGAUGUGGGGGUGGGUGUGGUGUGGGGUGGGUGUGCAUGUGUGCACGGGUGUGCGCCAUGCGUGCUGCGAUGGCGUGCAGGCGAUUCUGAGGGCGGUGGAGCGGUUGGAGGCGAGUCAGGGCGUGCGGGAGCCGGUGAGUGCCUGUGCUGUGGGUGGGGGGCACAUGCAGGCCAGGGGCACAUGCAGGCCAGGGCAGACCGAGAGGGAUUGCGCGAAGCAGGGCAGGGAGUGUGGAGGAAGUGAGGGCUUUGUGCUGAGCGUGGCGCGCUCGCCCCUGCUGGAGGGCACGUGGGAGCUGCUCUACACCACGCGCCCCGGCACCGCCUCGCCCAUCCAGAGGGCGUUCGUGGGAGUGGAUGCGUUCAAGGUGUACCAGCAGAUAUCACUGCAGCCGCGCAACACACGAGUGAACAACAUUGUUGUCUUUGGGGACGCCAUCGGCCGCCUCAAAGUCGAGGUCGCUGCAUGCCCCCCACCCACCUCGCUCGCCCUCAUGCCCCUUGCCCCACGCACAUGCGUGCACCACCUCUUCCUGCACAUGCGCUCUCCUCUCCCAUUGCUUCAUACACCGCUGCUGUGUCCACCUAAUCACGUUUCCCCUCACAUGGCCAACACGUUUCCGCCUGCCACACCCUCUGGCCCUGACCUGUCUUGGAGUGGCGGUGCUGCGCCCCUCCCCAUGCAGGCGGAGGCAUCGCUGGCGUCGCCGUCGCGCGUCGCAUUCCGCUUUGACCGUGCAGCGUUCCAGCUGCCCUUCUGGCCCUACCGCGUGCCGUACCCCGUGCCCUUCCGCCUGCUGGGCGACGAGGCCAAGGGCUGGCUCGACACCUCCUACCUGUCGCCCUCGGGCUCCCUGCGCAUCUCCCGCGGCAACAAGGUGCGCAUCUCCCGGAGCAUGGAGGGGUGGGAGGGGGAAGUGGAAGAGGAGAUGGAUGGGAAUUGGUGCUGGAUGGGGCUGCUGAUGCCGUGGAUGGCAAACGUGCGGCUAUGCUGCCAUGUCUCCAUGCCCUUCAACCCACUUCCCAUGCCACCUCACCCCCACCUCUCCCUCCCUGCUCCUCUCAUUUCCCUGGGACUCUCGUUUCCCACGCACACCCCACGUGCAUGCACUCCACGCGCGUCACCCGUGCCACUGUGGUGUGAUCUGAAUGGCCGCGUGCGUGCUCCUGCAGCCCCACCAAGCAGCCCCGUGGACACCCCCUCACCUUCUCCCCUCACCCCUCUAUCCCCACCGCACGCCCGUGCAUGGCAGGGCACCACGUUUGUGCUGCGGCGCUUCGUGACGCCGCAGGAGCGCCUGCUGCACGCCAUUCAGCGCAGGCAGCCCGGCGUCGAGCAGGCCAGUGAGGCCAACAGGGUGCAGCGGCUCACAGCAGGCUUCGCCAAGAACUUCCAGGUGCUGUGGCAUGGGAGGGAGAUGGUGGGGGCAAUGAUGGUGGUGAGUGAGGACGGGUCGCGCCUGGAGAACAUCGUGGAGCUGCUGCCCGCCGUGCUGCUCCGAGCCGCCGCCGAGGCAUAUGCGGUGGGCCCUGCGCGCACGGAGGUGUACAUCGACGCCACCACUCUGGAGGUGGGCGCGCUCAAGGUGGACCUGCCCAUCACAGGCCAGGGCUACAUUGACCAGCUGUAA